CACCACCACACCCCGGGGACUUUACACCAUCUCCCUCCAUCUCGCCCCCCCACUCACCCGCCUCUUAGUCAACCGCGCUGCAGCUUGCAUAGUCGCUCUCUACCCCCGAAAAGUCGACCUCGCUGCAACAACACACGCAAAGCCCAGCACCAUGUCGGCUGAGCCAGAUCACUCCAAGCCCAAGGUGGAUCUUUCCAAAGAUCCAUCUGGCGCCGAGCACAAGGAUGUCGACGAGACAGCAACCGCCAUCCUCAAGAAGAAGAAGAAGCCCAACUCGCUAAUCGUAACCGAUGCCGUCAAUGAUGACAAUUCAAUCAUCGCCCUCUCAAACAACACCAUGGAGACGCUCCAGCUGUUCCGCGGUGACACUGUCCUCGUCAAGGGCAAGAAGCGAAAGGACACGGUCUUGAUCGUGCUCGCAGACGACGACCUCGAUGAUGGGUCAGCGCGGAUAAACCGCGUGGUCCGCCACAACUUGCGGGUCAAGCACGGCGACGUUAUCACUAUCCACCCAUGCCCGGAUAUCAAAUACGCUAAGCGCAUCGCUGUCCUCCCCAUCGCAGAUACCGUCGAGGGCAUCACCGGCUCAUUAUUCGACGUUUUCCUCGCCCCAUACUUCCGAGAAGCCUACCGACCCGUUCGACAAGGCGACACCUUCACAGCACGCGGUGGCAUGCGGCAAGUAGAGUUCAAGGUGGUUGAGGUUGACCCGCCAGAGUUCGGUAUUGUUGCACAGGAUACAGUCAUCCACUGCGAGGGCGAGCCGAUUCAACGCGAGGACGAGGAGGGCAACCUCAACGAGGUCGGUUAUGACGAUAUUGGUGGUUGCCGCAAGCAAAUGGCACAGAUUCGAGAGCUCGUCGAGCUGCCGCUCCGACAUCCACAACUCUUCAAGUCCAUCGGUAUCAAGCCGCCGCGUGGUAUUCUCAUGUACGGCCCGCCCGGUACGGGUAAGACGCUGAUGGCUCGUGCUGUGGCGAACGAGACUGGUGCCUUCUUCUUCCUCAUCAACGGCCCCGAGAUCAUGUCAAAGAUGGCUGGUGAGUCGGAAUCCAACCUGCGCAAGGCAUUCGAGGAGGCCGAGAAGAACUCGCCGGCCAUCAUCUUCAUUGAUGAGAUCGAUUCCAUCGCACCCAAGCGUGACAAGACCAACGGAGAGGUCGAGCGUCGUGUCGUCUCACAGUUGCUCACACUCAUGGACGGCAUGAAGGCACGCUCUAAUGUCGUUGUUAUGGCUGCCACCAACCGACCGAACUCCAUCGACCCCGCUCUCCGCCGUUUUGGUCGUUUUGAUCGCGAGGUUGACAUUGGUAUUCCCGACCCUACUGGCCGCCUUGAGAUUAUGCAGAUCCACACCAAGAACAUGAAGCUUGGUGACGACGUCGAUCUACAGACCAUUGCCGCCGAGACUCACGGUUACGUCGGUUCCGAUUUGGCAUCCCUCUGCUCGGAGGCUGCCAUGCAGCAGAUUCGUGAGAAGAUGGACCUGAUUGACUUGGACGAGGACACUAUCGAUGCCGAGGUUCUCGAUUCGCUUGGUGUUACCAUGGAGAAUUUCCGCUUCGCCCUCGGCGUCUCCAACCCAUCUGCUCUCCGCGAAGUCGCCGUUGUCGAAGUUCCCAACGUUCGGUGGGAAGACAUUGGUGGUCUCGAGGACGUCAAGCGCGAACUCAUCGAGUCCGUGCAGUACCCUGUCGACCAUCCCGACAAAUUCCUCAAGUUCGGCAUGUCUCCUUCCCGAGGUGUGUUGUUCUAUGGUCCUCCCGGUACUGGUAAGACACUGCUCGCCAAGGCGGUUGCCAACGAGUGCGCGGCCAACUUCAUCUCGAUCAAGGGCCCCGAGCUGCUCUCCAUGUGGUUCGGUGAGUCUGAGAGCAACAUCCGAGACAUUUUCGACAAGGCGCGUGCUGCCGCCCCCUGCGUUGUCUUUUUGGACGAGUUGGACUCGAUUGCCAAAUCACGUGGUGGAUCUCAAGGCGAUGCCGGUGGCGCUUCCGACCGUGUCGUCAACCAGCUCCUCACUGAGAUGGACGGUAUGACUUCUAAGAAGAACGUCUUCGUCAUUGGUGCCACCAAUCGUCCUGAACAGCUCGACAACGCUCUGUGCCGUCCUGGACGUCUCGACACCCUUGUCUACGUCCCUCUACCUGACCAGGCUUCCCGUAUCAGUAUCCUGAAGGCCCAGCUCCGCAAGACUCCUGUUGCAGAAGACGUCAACAUCGAUUUCAUUGCCUCGAACACGCACGGCUUUUCUGGUGCCGAUCUCGGUUUCGUCACGCAGCGUGCCGUUAAGCUCGCCAUCAAGCAGUCCAUCUCCAUUGACAUUGAACGCCGCAAGGCUCGCGAGGCUGCUGGCGAAGAUGUCGAUAUGGAGGUAGAGGAGGAAGACCCUGUACCUGUGCUCACCAAGGCUCACUUCGAGGAGGCUAUGCGCUCUGCCCGCCGAUCCGUCACUGACGUCGAGAUCCGCCGCUACGAGGCUUUUGCCCAGUCGAUGAAGAACUCUGGCGGCUCGAGUUUCUUCCGCUUCCCCGAUGCUGAGCAAGCCGCCGCGGGCGAGCAGAAUACCUUUGGUGCAGGUGGCGAGGAUGAGGAUCUGUACAACUAGACGGAUUUCACGGGUUUCCGAAUGAUGGGUUCAUAUGGCUUCAUGAGGAUAGGUUUGGCGCUGAUCAGCUUUUACAUCACAGGAAAGGCUUUGACGCCUCUACGAUUAGAUAGGGGCGAGUAAUUGCAGGCGCCGAUGGCAGUAGUUAUUUUAUGGCAUGAGCGCCUGAAUGAGAAUGCACGUUUAAUCUAGCUAUAGUGUGUAUCAUCAUGUGACGGCCAUGCGACCCACACUCCAGUCAUUGAUUGUAAAUAUGGCCCGCUGUUGGCAAGAAAUGCUGUGAUAGAAUGCGACGCUAAAAUGUUCAAGACUGUUAUCACUUUCG